AUGACAUCUUUGGUGACCCGACCAACGGACACCCAGAUGAACGUGAACAUCCCCUUCAGCGACAUGACCCUCCCCAUCCAGGGCCCGGAGAACCCAUUCGGCCCACGCGACCGCUUCCUCAAUCAGAACGCACUUGCUGGGCAUGUCGAAGAGCAGGUCAUGAGCGACGAUGCCUUCAAGGCGCAGCACCUCACGCAUGCUAUCCUUGGCUACUCUGCGAACCCUUCUAUCGACCCAAAUGCGCCUUCGAUGGUCGGUUCUUUGGAAAAGGCUCGGGAGAAUGGCUUUACAACCAUCGAUGCCAUGCGCGCCACGCGGAAUGAGCGAAAAGAGCUCAAGCGCAAGCGCAAGGAUAAGGGUGACCUCGAAGUCGUUGAAGGGGAAGGCGCCUACGUCGGCCCAUGGGCCUCGUGGGAGGGCGACGAGCCGGAGAGUACUUUCCUGCACGGUCUUUCCGCAGAGGGGGCGGAGGAAGAGGAGGAGCCAGAGGAAGACGAGCCAGAGUACGUGCCGAAGAAGGCGAAGCCAAAACGCGGCGCGGUUGGCCAGGAGUCGUCAGUCUUCCACGGGAAGUCCAUGACAGACUACCAAGGGCGCACGUACAUGCACCCGCCGUAUUCAGAAGCGCCGAACCUUCUACAGGAGGCGGGCUCGCAGGACUGCUUCAUCCCGAAGGUCUGUGUGCAUACAUGGACUGGGCAUACGCAGGGCGUCUCCGUCAUUCGGCUGUUCCCUCAGACUGGACACCUCAUGGCGAGUGGUUCAAUGGACACGAAGAUCAAGCUUUGGGAUGUCUAUACGCAUGGCAACUGCCUACGGACCUUCCAUGGUCACGUCAAGAUGGUCAAGGACAUCUGCUUCUCCAACGACGGCCGAAGGUUCCUAUCGUGUAGCUACGACAGGCAGAUGAAGCUCUGGGACACGGAAACGGGCCAGUGUAUCAAGCGAUUCAGUAAUGGCAAGAUCCCGUACACCGUCAAGUUCCAUCCCGAUGAAGACAAACAAAACAUAUUCCUCGCCGGUAUGUCGGACAAGAAGAUUAUACAGUACGACAUCAAUUCCGGCGAGAUCACGCAGGAAUACGACCAGCAUUUGGGGCCCGUUAACACCAUUACCUUCGUCGACGAGAACCGCCGGUUUGUGACCACCUCAGACGACAAGACGAUCAGGGCUUGGGACUUCGACAUCCCGGUGGUCAUCAAGUACAUCGCUGAGCCGCACAUGCACUCCAUGCCCGCGGUAACUCUUCACCCAUCGAACCGCUAUUUCGCCGCACAGUCUCUCGACAAUCAAAUCCUUGUCUACAGUACGGACAAUUUCCGCCAGAACCGCAAGAAGCGCUUUGCGGGGCACUCUGUCGCGGGGUACGCCUGCCAGGUGGGCUUCUCGCCCGACGGCAAGUGGCUCAGCAGCGGUGACGCCGAGGGGAACAUGGUGUUUUGGGACUGGAAGACUUGCCGGAUAAAGACGAAGCUCAAGGCACAUUCCAAGGUCGUCAUUGCGCACGAGUGGCUGCCGCACGAGACUUCCAAGGUCGUCACAGCAUCGUGGGAUGGUCUCAUCAAGCUAUGGGAUUAG